CUCGCCGGACCCAGCCGGGGGAGGAAGUUGUUCUUCCGGGAUAGCGCUACUGCUUCCGGGCCCUGGGCUUGUGUUGCUCGGCGUCUAGGAUCGUGCGGAGCUAAGAUUUCACCCGCAAUGAGCUUCCUCAAAAGCUUCCCGCCGCCUGCCGCGGAAGACGGGCUCCGGCUGCAGCAGCCUGACACCGAGGCUGUGCUGAACGGGAAGGGUCUCGGCUCCGGGACCCUUUACAUUGCGGAGAGCCGCCUGUCUUGGUUAGAUGGUUCUGGAUUAGGAUUCUCACUGGAAUACCCCACGAUUAGUUUACAUGCGGUCUCCAGGGACCCAAAUGCUUAUCCUCGAGAGCAUUUAUAUGUUAUGGUGAAUGCCAAAUUUGGAGAAGAAUCAAAAGAAUCUCUUUCUGAUGAAGAUGAGGAAGACGGUGAUGAUGUUGAACCCAUUACUGAAUUUAGAUUUGUGCCCAGUGAUAAGUCAGCAUUGGAGGCAAUGUUCACUGCAAUGUGUGAAUGCCAGGCCUUGCAUCCAGACCCUGAGGAUGAAGACUCUGAUGAUUAUGAUGGAGAAGAGUACGAUGUGGAAGCACAUGAACAAGGACAGGGGGACAUCCCUACAUUUUAUACCUAUGAAGAAGGACUAUCCCAUUUAACAGCAGAAGGGCAAGCCACAUUGGAGAGGUUAGAAGGAAUGCUUUCUCAGUCUGUGAGCAGCCAAUAUAACAUGGCAGGAGUCCGGACAGAAGAUUCAGUAAGAGAUUAUGAAGAUGGCAUGGAGGUAGAUACCACACCAACUGUUGCUGGACAGUUUGAAGAUGCAGAUGUUGAUCACUGAAGAUUUAUACUGCUAAACAAUUCUCUCAUAACAGUAAGCAAGAACUUGGUACCUCUUCCAGUCCAGAGUGGGGCUGGUGAAAGGCUUUUUUCUUCUCCAAAACUUACUUUGCAAGACAGACUAUAAGAGACAGCAAGCUGUCACCAGCAGAAGAGACUGAGACCUCUGUCAACAAAGGUGAAUGAACUGAGUGGGUAUUUGUGGUACUCAUUUACCUCAAACUUCCCGGGUCUAGGUGUCUUCUGCAUAGGCCUUUGCAGUGCGCACAUCUGUCAGCCAGAAGGCGUACGAGGUGAAAUUUACAGAGCUCACUGUAUAGACUGGGUGAGAAAGACGCCGAGGAGAGAGAUACAGGCCUCAGAGGGAGCAGAGGCAUGGGCCCUUUACUUCAGGCUGACUCUAGGUCACCUCUGGAGAACACCUCAGCCACACCUUGCCAGGACAUGAUCCUUCUGUGCUAGCUUCUGCCUCCUCCUCAUUCCCUAGUUGCUCUGUUACAUUCUCCCAGCUUAGGUCCUUGACUGUCUGCCCUCUUAGCUUUCUGUAACAUAAUAAGUAAUCUGGAAUGAAGUCUGCAAAGUACUCUUGAUGUUUUUGUCUUUGUAAUAGUUAACAAAUAAAUUUAGGUUUUCUAUA